AUUUUCGAAUUUCGCCUCAUUUGCUCAGAAAGUCGCGCGAACGCCGGUAACGGAUAUUCUCGCAAAAACGCAACGUUUUUCGCGUCUCCGUUGACGUCGGCGUUGUGUCGUCGCCGCAACAACACCAACAGCAACAAAAAAUUAAAACGAAGUCCCUUUUAUUAAAAUCUAAAAAAAAAAAAAAAAAACGAAAACCAGCCAACUAAAACACCAACAAAAAAAACACAACGACAGGAACCACAUACCGACACACAACUCUCACCUAAAAGACUGCAAUCUGCCUUAACCCGAGGAGCCAGAGAACUUGGAAAAUAUAAAGAUAUACAGGGAAGGACAACGAGCGGAGAGAGAGUGAAAGGGGUAGGAAAGUCUGCAGAGUGAUACCAGCACGAUCCGGAUCUAAAUCGAAAACAGUAAUUCAAUCGUAGAACACAAUCAAAGAUUAGCGUAUCGCAAUCGGGAUCACAAUGAGUUCGUUUUUGGAGCUGCUGGGACUUUUCCUGCUGCUGAUGCUGCCUUUUCUCUACGAGACCAAUCACAUAUUCCGAUACUAUUUUAAAUUCAUGAUGUACUACGGCAUCGUGUCCUUCAACUCGAUCGUUCUCAUCCCGGCCUUUCUAACGCGACCCUGUGAUGUCCGCAAUCUACUGUGGGCGAGCACCUGGUGCCACCGCGUUUCGACAUUAAUCGGACUGCGCUGGGAGCUGCGUGGCAAGGAGCAUUUGGCCAAGGACCAGGCCUGCAUAAUUGUGGCCAACCACCAGAGUUCGCUGGAUGUACUGGGCAUGUUCGACAUCUGGCAUGUGAUGAACAAGUGCACGGUGGUGGCCAAACGGGAACUGUUCUACGCCUGGCCCUUCGGCUUGGCCGCCUGGCUGGCCGGUCUGAUCUUCAUCGAUCGAGUGCGCGGCGAGAAGGCUCGCGAAACGCUGAACGAUGUGAACCGGCGGAUCAAGAAACAACGCAUCAAACUGUGGGUUUUUCCGGAGGGAACGCGUCGCAACACGGGCGAACUGCAUCCGUUCAAGAAGGGCGCCUUCCACAUGGCCAUCGAUCAGCAGAUACCCAUCUUGCCGGUGGUCUUCUCCUCCUACUGUACAUUCCUCAACGACAAGAAGAAGAUCCUGAAUGCGGGUCGAAUUGUGAUUACCACCCUGCCACCGGUAAGCACCGAUGGUCUCACAAAGGACGACAUCGAUGUGCUGAUGGACCGGGUCCGCUCCCAGAUGAGUGAAACCUUUAAGCAAACGUCCGCGGAGGCGCUGCAGCGGUACAAGCCGGUGAUGAAGGGAGGCAUUACUGUUUCGGUAGCCUCCUCCGCCUCCGCCUCCGUCUCCGUCUCCACAACCACCUCAUCUGCUCCGGAUGACGCGGUGGCCGUCGCUGCUGCCGUGGCCAGCAGUAAUUCCGGUUACGGUCAGCCGACGGCUUACGGAGCCGGUGCCGCCAAGGCCAGUUUGCUCAAGACACUGUAGGCGACGUAGUAAUUUAAACCACACACUCAUAUCCCAAAAAACAAAAAAAAAAAGAAACAAAAAAAAAAGGGGAACAAACCUUAUUGGGCGCCAUUAAGUUAACAAGUCAGUGGCAGUGGCACAGCCUUGUAAUAUAUGCAACCGCUGCACCGUAUACAACCCGUUUUAUAGGCCUAUUUGGGAUUUCAAUAUAAAAUCUAUAGUUUUGGCAAUUUUCUUGCACCUACAGUAUUUUAUGUUGUUUUAGCUAAUGAAGUUAAAAUGUAGUCAAUUUUUUUUUCUUAAGUUAUAUAUUUUAACGUCUUAUGUUUAUUUUUUAAAUUGUAAAUUAAUACCUAUAUUAUUACCAAUCAGUAAAUUAUUUUUUUUACUUUACGUGUGGUGUUAUAAUUGUUGAUCAAUAUGUGUACAAUUUUCAUUUAAAAUUUAAAUGAUUCAGAUAGAAAAAGCUUAUUUAAUCUGGAAAAGUAAAACUUGAUUAAUAGGGCCCCACUGAAAGUAGGCUUUGAAUAUGAUAAAACAUAGCUUUCUAGACCUUAUUUUUUUUUUGUUUUUAUAACAAGGUUUUCCAGUAGUUUCUAUGACCACUUAACUUCAACUGACGGUAAGAUAUUUAAAGCCCAAAUAGGCCUAUUAGUAAAACGUUCUUUACAUUUCAGUAAUUUAACACACUCUUUUGAGCUUUAUUCAGCUUGCUUUAUCGAAACACUUUGCAAUUUAACAUUAAUAACUCAUUUCUGCCUGUAACUGAGCAUCAUUUUGUAGAUUUCAGCACAUGCAUAACAGUUUGUUUUUCAUCAAUGUAAUUAAGGAAAGUGUAUUUUAACAGCUAACGUCAUAUCUUUGGCUUGGACCAAGAAGCAACUGACACCAAACAGUUUGACUAACAACAGGCAACAAAAUGAGUAUUACGAACCGCAACAACCAAAUUGCGACCCUCGACUGUCAAACUUUAACGUCUUCUUAGGCAACACAUACCAAAAACACUGAACAAAAAAAAAAAAAAAAACCAAAAACUAUAAAACUAACUAACCUACACUUUGCAACAGGACUCGAAGUGAUUUGAUUAUACCAAAUGAUAUAAUAUUUGAAUUGGUCUCUACAAAAUAUAGCUGUAUAAUUCUAUUAGAUUUCGAUCUGUCCUUCCUGUUGCCGCGUGUAAUUGUUAGAUAAUUAAACCAAAUACCUAAAUAUACAUUAUAAAAAAAUUAUUAUAUUAUCUAAACUUAAAUUGUGGAUGACAAACAUUGCAAAAUGACAUUACAUAUGGAGGCCGAAAUAUGGUUGAUUUUACAAUCACACCAAACCAACUGGCAUGCAGUUUACCGCGUUAUUUUAGAACCAUACGUAUUUUAUUUAAUAGACAUUCCCUAACUAGGUUAGGGCAUUCAUUUAAUGCAAAUCCUUUCCGCUUGGAAUUAAAUCAAGUUCGGAUUCGAUUUAUUUACUUUGUAUCUUGCAACACCUCAUGGCAUCUAGGGUAUUUAAGGGAUCUUAAAACUAACACCUAUUUAUGUAUUGUAUUCAACCAUAUUGUGAAUUGUAUACCAUCUGUUUGGUAAAGUGUUAACUUAACUUUGUAAAUACGAUGCGGUUUAAUUUAAAGACAAAUCAAAAGCGAUAAGUGGACGAAAACGAAGGAAACUACUAAAUACAAGUAUAAUAAAUAUUUUUUUUUCAAAUAUA